UUUCGUGACGAGGCUUCGAGCGCAUUACUCCAUCAAUUAGCACACGGGAUAUUUUUUUACGUGCCUGUUUUGGGUGGUGGUGAAAAGCAGGAAAACCAGGAAAACCCGGCAAUGGGCCAAGAGGAUCAGGAGCUGUUGAUUCGCGGGGGCAGCAAGCAUCCGUCCGCCGAGCAUCUGAGCAAUGGGGACGGCGGGGCGGCUGCGCAGAGCUGCGUGGGCCAGGGCUACGGGUCGACCAAGAACUACGGCACCCUGCGCCCACCCAGUCCGCCGGACAACGGCGGCUCGGCGAGCGGCCAGCUGGCGGAGAACCUCACCUACGCGUGGCACAACCUGGACAUCUUCGGGGCGGUCAACCAGCCGGGCUCCGGAUGGCGGCAGCUGGUCAACCGGACCCGCGGGCUCUUCUGCAACGAGCGACACAUCCCCGCGCCCAGGAAACACCUCCUGAAGAACGUUUGCGGAGUGGCUUACCCGGGGGAGCUCCUGGCCGUGAUGGGCAGCUCCGGGGCCGGAAAGACGACCCUGCUGAACGCGCUGGCCUUCCGCUCGCCGCAGGGCAUCCAGGUGUCGCCGUCGGGGAUGCGGCUCCUCAACGGGCAGCCGGUGGACGCCAAGGAGAUGCAGGCGAGGUGCGCGUACGUCCAGCAGGACGACCUCUUCAUCGGCUCGCUGACGGCCCGGGAGCACCUGAUAUUCCAGGCGAUGGUGCGGAUGCCGCGACACCUCACCUACCGGCAGCGGGUGGCCCGCGUGGACCAGGUCAUCCAGGAGCUGUCGCUCAGCAAGUGCCAGCACACGAUAAUCGGGGUGCCCGGCCGGGUGAAGGGUCUCUCCGGCGGGGAGCGGAAGCGCCUGGCCUUCGCCUCGGAGGCGUUGAGACCCCCGCUCCUGAUCUGCGACGAGCCCACCUCCGGACUGGACUCCUUCACCGCCCACAGCGUCGUCCAGGUGCUGAAGAAGCUCUCGCAGAAGGGCAAGACCGUCAUCCUGACCAUCCACCAGCCGUCCUCGGAGCUGUUCGAGCUCUUCGACAAGAUCCUGCUGAUGGCCGAGGGCCGGGUGGCAUUCCUGGGCACUCCCAGCGAGGCCGUUGACUUCUUCUCCUACGUGGGGGCCCAGUGUCCGACGAACUACAACCCGGCGGACUUCUACGUGCAGGUCCUGGCUGUGGUGCCCGGGAGGGAGAUCGAGUCCCGGGACCGCAUAGCCAAGAUCUGCGACAACUUCGCGAUCAGCAAGGUGGCCAGGGACAUGGAGCAGCUGCUGGCCACCAAGAACACGGAGAAGCCGCUGGAGCAGCCGGAGAACGGGUACACCUACAAGGCCACCUGGUUCAUGCAGUUCCGGGCGGUCCUCUGGCGGUCCUGGCUAUCGGUGCUCAAGGAGCCGCUCCUCGUGAAGGUGCGGCUCAUCCAGACAACGAUGGUGGCCAUCUUAAUUGGCCUCAUCUUCUUGGGCCAACAACUUACGCAAGUGGGCGUGAUGAAUAUCAACGGAGCGAUCUUUCUCUUUCUGACAAACAUGACCUUCCAGAACGUCUUUGCCACGAUUAAUGUGUUCACCUCGGAGCUGCCAGUCUUUAUGAGGGAAGCCCGGAGUCGACUCUACCGGUGCGACACCUACUUCCUGGGCAAGACGAUUGCCGAACUGCCGCUCUUCCUCACCGUUCCGCUGGUCUUCACGGCGAUAGCCUAUCCGAUGAUCGGCCUCCGGGCCGGAGUGCUGCACUUCUUCAACUGCCUGGCGCUGGUGACGCUGGUGGCCAACGUGUCCACCUCCUUCGGCUACCUGAUCUCCUGCGCCAGCUCCUCGACCUCAAUGGCCCUGUCCGUGGGUCCGCCGGUCAUCAUACCCUUCCUGCUGUUCGGGGGCUUCUUCUUGAACUCGGGCUCCGUGCCGGUGUACCUCAAGUGGCUGUCCUACCUCUCGUGGUUCCGGUACGCCAACGAGGGACUGCUCAUCAACCAGUGGGCGGACGUGGAGCCGGGCGAGAUCAGCUGCACCUCGUCGAACACCACGUGCCCCAGUUCGGGCAAGGUUAUCCUGGAGACCCUCAACUUCUCCGCAGCCGAUUUGCCUCUGGACUAUGUCGGCCUGACUAUUCUCAUCGUGGGAUUCCGGGUGUUUGCUUACCUGGCUCUACGACUUCGGGCGCGGCGCAAGGAGUAGUGUGUCAAUUCCCUAGUUAAUGUUUUUUUUUUUUACCAGAAUUACUAUAGCGUUUUUUGUUGCCCCUCCGCAAAAGCCAUUGUAAUACUAUUUCUAUCAGCAAUAAAAAGGUAUGACUUAUGAAAAAUC